GUGUGGUAUUGUCAAUCGAGGCGUUCUUCGACCGAUUGGGCUACCGGUGUGUAGUACUUACAAGGUGAAGGGCGGGAGAACGCAACGCGAACAGUUGUCUGUUGCCAGGUUUUCUUAAAUAUUUCAUCAUUACCCAUUAAGAGGGUUUUUACAACAGGCGCAGACAUAAACCAAUCAUGCUCCAGCUGCCAGCAUGGAUCCCAGUUCAUAUGGAUUAUGAAGGCCAGAAGAGAGCAGAACGCCUUUUCCAGGUCAUCAUUGUCCUGUUUGGGGUAGUGGGUCUUAUCUGGGGCUAUUCAAUCCAGCAGUUCUCACAGACAGUAUACAUCCUGGGUGCUGGUGUUGCUCUGGCAUGUCUGCUGACCCUGCCGCCCUGGCCGAUGUACCGCCGGCGCCCUCUGAACUGGCAGAAGCCCAGGUCAUCAGAUGCGUCCGACUCUUCCAAGACCAAGAAGAAGAAGUAGACGCUGCGGCACCCGUCCGCGGGCAGAGCUGCCGGGAACUUGUUGGUGUGGUUAAGGGGCAUCGUGCUUUGGUGGGGUCCAUGGAAAUUGUGUUUCGUUUUCUUCAUGCGCGCGCGGCUUUUUCAAGGUUUGUUCACCAUGCGAUGUGUGCGUUUAUUUAAUAUACACUGGGCUGGAUAAAA